AUGCGUAGCCUUUCACUCCUUACAUCUGUCCUGGGCUUAGCGGCUUUUGCCUUCGCCGCAUCGUUGCCCCCCGCCGGAGCCAUUACGGUAGGGAGCAAAGGUAAAUACAAAACUCUCGCAGAAGCCCUCAAAGAUACCAGCAGCAAUACAUACUUUGUUUAUUCGGGUACUUACACCGGCCAGACCAUAGUCACUCGCGCCAAUAUCAAGAUUUAUGGUCAGACGAACGAUGCACAAGCGUAUGGUUCCAACACCGUGACGUUUACUGACAACAAACCUGCUUCGACGACCGGUGGUGACGAACAAAGUGCUACCAUUCGUGUGCAGGCAACUGGUGUCAGUUUCUACAACUUGAACAUCGUUAAUUCGUACGGUAAACCGGCAGUUCAGUCUCAGGCCAUUGCUCUAUCCGUUGAGCAAGGCAAAUUUGCUUGCUAUGCUUGUCAACUUAAAGGCUAUCAAGAUACCCUGCUAUCUCAAGCUGGGGCACAGUUCUAUGGCAAGAGUUAUAUUGAAGGCGCCGUUGAUUUUAUAUUUGGGCAGCAUGCCUCUAUUUGGAUCACCAAGUCUACUAUCAAAUCCAUUGGUAACGGAUGCAUCACGGCGUCUGGUCGUUCGUCUGCCGACAGCAACUACUACGUUAUCGACAGCUCCACCAUCGAAGGGACUGGGACUGUAUACCUUGGCCGACCCUGGAGCAAUUAUGCCCGAGUGAUCUUCCAGAACAAUAACAUCGGCUCCGAAGUUGUAGCCGCUGGUUGGCAGGAGUGGAGCACUGCCACUCCUAAUACUGAUCAUGUUCUAUUCGGGGAGUAUAACAACAAGGGCGCGGGUGCUUGGCGCAAUGGCCGUGCGCGCUUUGCGACAAAGCUGUCCGCUGGGGUGUCGAUCACUACCGUUUUGGGUAGCACUAGCUGGAUUGAUUCUGCUUAUAUGUAG